AACAUCUUAAGCUGGCUAAGCCCAUUACAAUUCCAAAACAUGUUAGAAUCUCAGCUUUUUCACGUUCCAUUUCUUCAUGAUUCUAACAAUGAAGUAGAGUUAUUUCUUGAUGAUCAAUAUCCAAAUUAUGCACUAGGAAUCAAUGCUCGUGUACACCAAUCUGAGCUCUCUCCAACUUUUCCUUCCAAUGCUCAAUUUGUGGAUGAUAUGAACUUGGAAUUUCUGCUUGACGAGUUGCCAUUUGCUUUGGAGGAAUCUGACCUAUUUUGGAAGGAAAUGCAGGACAUAUUUGAAUGGCUAAAGAUUGCUGACUGCAGUGGAGGAAAAAACAAUGAUGAAUGUUGUAACCAUAGACCAUUGAUUGUCUCAGGUUGUACAUCCAUGGACCGUCUCGUCCAGCGACCACUAACCAUUCCAAAUGAAGGGUUCGAGAUCAGUUUUCAAGUCAGCAUGAACCAUCUAGCCAAGGCUUAUGGAGAGGCAAUGGAAAAUAAUCAGGCAGAGCUUGCAGAGGUGAUCAUGCGACGCAUUAGUGAGAAAGUUAGUCCCAUUGGUGAGAUCAGGGAGCGUGUUUUGUAUUAUGCGUUUCAGCAAUUUUCGGACAAUAAGAAGCAAGCAGACUAUAUUAAACAAGAAUCUUGCAGGAACUUUGUCACAGCUUUUAUGGCUUUUUAUCAAAUUUUCCCUUAUGGUAUGAUUGCUCAUUUCACAGCUAACUCAGCUAUCCUCGAGGCUAAGCCUGAACACUUUCAAGUUCUACACGUAGUAGACUUUGACAUGGGGGAAGGGGUUCAGUGGUCUUCGUUGAUCAUGUCUCUUCCCCAACAUAUUACUUUAAAGCUUACAGCAAUCAAGUGGAGAGAAGAGGAUUCCGAUUCUGGUAGAAAAUUCACCGAGACAAGGAGGCAGCUUCAAGAUUUCUCAGGCUCUAUAGGCAUAAGAUUGCAUGUGGAGGAGAUGGAGAUACAAGAUCUGGCGAAGGAGAUGAAGAGAAAAACAAAAAAUGGAGGUAAAAGAGAAUGGUUGGCCUUUAAUUGUAUGUGGGCACUUCCCCACAUGGGCAAGAGAAGAAGCAGCAGGCAGGUCAUGGAGUUUUUAGCUGUGGCUAAGGAUGUAAUAGCCGAUUCAGCCACUAACAAUAAAGGCAUAGUGACACUCGGUGAUGGUGGUGAUUGGCAGACAAUGAAAAAUUGCAAUGCCUUUGGACCAUUUUUUGAGUGUUGCAUGGGACGAUACGAAGCUUUGUUGGAAUCAAUGGAACUGAAUUUACCAGUUCGUCUUGCAGAAGCAAGAUUAUCAAUGGAGUGUCUGUUUAUUUCACCUUAUGUCUCUUUUGUUACUUUGAUGCAAACUUGGGGAGAUGUAAAGGAAGGGAGUUGUGAUUUUAUGAAAGGUUUAGGGUUUGAAGGGUUGAUGAUGAACAACAGGAGCUUAAUGGAAGCAAAAGAAAUGGUGAGACAAGGAGAGACUCCAUAUGGAGUGAGAACUGACAAUAAUGAGAUUGUGUUGGAGUGGAAAGGAAUUCCAUUGGUGAGAGUUUCUUCAUGGAGAUGAUGAUGAGUUUCAUACAAACUGGAAAAAAAAAAUAAA